AUGGGAAACGCUCAGGGACAUGGUUCGCCGUCGAAAAAGACGGAGCCAGCCAACAGUGAAGUAGUGUCUACGCCCUCACGUGCUCAAGAAUUGCCUAAUCCUAAAGAUGAGACACGGCCAACCACAUCUACACCUCAUCAGAAAACGGCUAUUCGUGAAGAUGAAGGACGGCCAUUAGCCACAGCUCGUGAAAAAACGGCUACUCGUGAUGAUGGAGGACCGCCAGUGGUCUCACCUCGUUCGAAAACGGCAACUGUGGAAAAUGAACGACGGCCAAUGGACACACCUGUAAAACCGGCAACUGGAAAUGACAGAUUGCCUACUCCAGCACCUAGCCGAAGAUUAGCAAAUCGUCGUGACGAAGAAUUGCCCAUAUCUGCACUUGCUCAACAAAACGGAACUCCUAAAAAGCCAGUGGUAGGGCAGACUGAACCACUGCUCGCCCAGAACGCUGAUAAAGAACCAGCAGCAGAACAAACCGAAACAGCGCAGGUAAAGGAACCUGCUAAUACAGAGCCAGAUCCAGGACAAGUUCAAGAAGCAGUUACCCAGAAUGCUACAAACGAAGAGGCAGUUGUAGGACGGACUGAUCCACUACCUGUAGAGAAUACUGCUAUUAAAGAACCAGUAGUGGGACAGUCCGAUUCGCAGACCGAGCAAAAUCCUGCUCGGGGAGAACCGAUGGCCGGGCAGAUCGAACCAAUGCCUGUUCAGAAUUUGGAUAAUACAGAGCCCGGAGAAGCAAAGACUGCUGAAUUGCCACAAACACAGAUUUCUACUAAUGGUGAAUCAGUGGAAGGACAGAGCCAAUCACAGUCUAACCAGAAUUCUGUAAACUCGGAAUCUUCGGAUAAACAGAUCAAACCGCAGCUCAAACCGAGUAUCUCUGGUAAAGAACCAGUUGCAGAACAGGCCGGGCAACCGUCUGCCCAAGAUACUUCUGUUAGAGACCGUCAAGAAAAUGAGCCGCUCAAGCGACUUGAAACGACAAACACUGCUGCCACAAAACCUGAAACAGCUGAUAAAUCCAAACCUACCGGCGAACAAGUCGAUUCACCCCUUGUUCGACCAAAAACACCCGUUUGUAAACCAAGAAAAUCUUCAGGAGAGAAGCUUCAACAGAAAGGUGACAAAUCGCCAGCUCAAGCUAGCUCGCCUACGAAUGGGAAGUCCUCGGACAGCCAGGAGCAAGAUUUCUCUCGUGAACCAGCCAGUCCUCCUGCACGUGCACGAACACCGAUGUGUGAAAUACGGAGGCGAUCGCCCCGUCAAAAGAAAGCGCGAUCUCGUGGGAAAUCCAAACCAGGACAUGAGCUCGCAUCAGCAAAUGCAAAGGUGGUAUUGCGAAUCAUUAAAUAG